AUCAUUAUCAUCAUCAUAAGAUUCAAAAUCAACCGGGAAAGAGCAAUACCAUAAUAGGUCUCCAAGACAUAAAGUUGCCUCCUCAAUGUGAUAACUUUCCGUUGACAGGUGUUAUGGCGACCACUAUCAUACCGACACAUUCACCGGACACGCCGCAUCGAGACAGCCCAACCACGGUGCAUUUAUUUUCAAUCUAUGCUACCAAACGAGCCGGUCCGACGAGACAGCCUUACGUAACCACGGCAGUAGACUCAGUUUCCCGAUUCGCCACAUCGAAAGUCCGUCUUACGACCUCAGCACCCAGUACACUUUCAACAUCAUCUGUGACACCACCAUCCCGUUUGACUACCAGUCGGCCAUCACCAACACCACCACCCGUGCCGGUCAACACCCCAAAGAAACCGCCGUCCUCAACCUAUCCUGUCACAACGAUUCCUCCAACCUACCGAAUAUCCACACCAAGACUUACAUCACAGGAGGGCGUACAGGAUGUCAAUUUCGUAGCUAUUGCACUUGGAAUCAUCCUUGUACUAUCGUAUGUUGUCUUCAUCUUUGUGUACCUCCGUCGUCGGAGACCUAAUCGCUUGGGACGCAAGACCAACGACGCAGAGUUGAAAGAGUCAACGUUCUCUCCAUCACCGCAUCUUUCAAAGCUAAAGAUCCUUGCAGAGACGAAAACCAUCGGUGUGCCACAUGGCAAAGAGGCACAGCUUCAUCAACCAAACAGGCCUCAGGUUGAAGAAGGUGGCUACACAUCACUGCUGCCUGUGAAUCAGCCUGCCGACGGCGAUAGGGGAAUUCUCAAGGCGGCCCUUGCUACUCAUUGGUCUAAUAGGAAGGCCGGUCAAUUGGAGGAUACGCCAGAAAGUGACGGGUACGAGAUCGUCAAGACUGCCCGUCCUUCUCCUGUGCCCAUCGGCAAGGUUCGGCAGACUGGUCAAAGGACGGAAGACGAUGGCUAUGAGAAUACCAAGACCAUCCGUCCCAUCCCCGUGCCUAAACUUAUGGCUCGCCCGGUGAUGAAAGCAGGAGACAAUGACGGGUACGAAAACACCAAGAGGACAAGGCCCAUUCCGAUGCCUCAAAGAAUGGGUCACAAGAGCGGGAAAGGGCAAGACGAUGAUGAGGAUGAUGAUUAUGAGCUUGUACAAACGGGUAAAGAGAAACCCAAGCCGAAGCCGAAGCCUAUUUUUAGAUGUAAGCAAACUUAUUUUUGAACUGACACUAAUUGAAUAACGAAUUGUUCAUCUUGAAUUUAAGGAUACGUGUUCGAAACGAUUUCGUAAUUAACAAUACCUCAUGACCUCUUAAGAAUCUAAGUUAUG